AAUCUACAUUAAGUCACUGUGCUGCGCUGCUAUAUGGCCGACGUGUACUAAUCUUGAAUUGCCGGUGACAGAUAGGCGUUAAUUUGCGAAGUUCUGGUUGGACGGUACAUUUCUCUGCAUCAACAAAAUCCUCUUGCACCUUCUUUCUAGAGGAAUAUAAUAACAAUGGCGAAGCCAGAUCAACUCCUUGCAAUCAAACCACCAACGGAACUCCGUUUCCGAGGUCCAUUUACAGAUGUCGUCACAUCUGAGCUGACACUUUCAAAUCCAUCGGACAAAAUUCUCUGCUUUAAAAUCAAGACAACAGCACCAAGAAGGUACUGUGUGAGACCGAACAGCGGAAUCAUGAUUCCCAAUCAGAACGUCACAGUUUCAGUAAUGCUACAACCCUUUGACUUUGAUCCAAAUGAGAAGAACAAGCACAAAUUCAUGGUACAAUCAAUCGUCAUACCAAAGGCAGAUAUCGACUUGGAAGCAGUGUGGAAAGCAUCAGAUGUUGCUGCUAUAAUGGACACCAAACUAAAGUGUGUUUUUGAAUGGCCAGCCAACCAAGCUCCUGCACCUGCCUCACAAGAAAAGGUUGAGAGUGCCUCAGCAGAGAGCAAACCCAUCCAGUCUACUGUUCCCCAGGUCGGAGAGGAGAAGUUAGAGACAAGGGAUUUAGAUACAGUGGUCAAGGAAUGCAAGCAACUCAGGAGAGAGGUUGGCAGCUUACGAGCAGAAAACACACAACUAAGGACGGAGGGCGUGAGGCAGCGAAGAGUUGAGGGAGGUCAACCCAUGAAAACAGUAUCGCCCACAGUCACAGAGACGAAACCCAUGCUGCCUUCCACCAUGAUCAUCCUGGCAAUCUUCAUCCUGGGUUUCCUCAUUGGUAAAUAUGUCUUCUGAGACAGGUCAAAGGUCAUCAUGUAUAAAGCUAUUUGGAUGGUGGUGGAAGAGAGAAAACAAAAAGUGUAAAAAUAUAUUGCUUAAAAUGAAAACUGUCACUUUUGUUGAUAUGAUUAAGGAAGUGGAUAAAUACUGAUACAUUUUAAGAUGGGAAGUUAAUAGUUCUCUAACAUUUACUGGAUCUCUGAAGUCUAUCGUGAGUGGAAGUGUGGGUUUUUUCCUAUUAUUUAUUGUUAUGUAGACAAUUAUUCUUAUCAAAAUCUCAUCACAUGUGCAAGAUCUGAAACAGAAUUUGUAUAGAAAUUGCUCUGACAAGAUGAAAAUGAAGUCAAACUGGAAGCGUGCUUAUCAUAUUGGAAUGUGUUGCAUUUUAAUCUAGAGACAGGAAUGUUUGUGGUCAUGUUAACAUAUCAGUCUCUUUUAUGACGUGCAUGGUGUAAAAAGUGGGAUGCCUGUUUACAGUUGGUUGAUCAAUUAGAAUGAAGUGUAUUUGAAGUUGCAUUGUACUUGAUGCUUAUGAGAUUUUGUAUGCAGAGUAUUUGCUACAAUUUGUGUUCUAAUAUAAUUAUGAAUGUAGUUUUCUCAUUUAAAUGCUAACAAAUGUAAAAGUAAUCACUUCUUCCUUCAUGUUUGAUUUAUCAAUUAUUUGAAAUACAUGCACAGUGCAACAUUACAUAGUCAAUAUAUCAAUAUACCUGUACUUCAUUUAUUUCUAGGGUACAUACAUGUAUUGUAUUCUCUUGUUACGAACCAUCACUAUUUGAUAGUAAUGAUAGGUUUGUUCAGUCUUUUUGAAACAUUGAUAUUUGAGAAUGAAGUGAUUUUAUCUCAAAUACAACCUACUUGGUAUGCUUCGUGCUUCAUAUUUUGUUACAAAAUUAACUCCUCAAUCUCUUCAAAGGAUUGUGUUCCAUGUCUAAAAUUCAUACUUUAAAAUCCAAAUAAAGGAUUGAAUUAUGUACAUUUUUUUUCUGUGGAGACUAAGCAAAUGUAGGAAAUACUAUUCAUGGGAAUGGAAUUUGAAUUUGAUUGUUUUACAACGAUUAAAGAUCAAAUAGCAUAUUGAUCAGGUGGUGAUUCUUCAGAUGUAAUGACAAGUUAAAUUGACAGUUGACAGCUCCCCUCCCCCAUUGUUACCAAGAGAGCAGUGAAUUUUAGAUCCUAGAAAGCUCACUGUUCUUUUAGACUAAAAGUUCUCAAGUCUGAGGAUAAUACAAGAAAAGUGCACUGACGGGUCUGUGUUUUGAUAUAUAGAACAUUCAAUAUGCGAGGGGUGAAAUCAGUUUGAUUAUCCUUACAGUAUUUGAGAUCACUAUCCCUUUAAAAGGACUUUUCAGACUAUUUCAAUACCAGAAUCUGUUGAACAUGCACAAAGAGAUGGUAGUAAAACAUUCUACUUGUACAUCCGUGUACGAUUUAUUUGUAGCAUUCAGUAGGUAUUGAUGUACAGCUGAUCAGAUGGGACUAUUUUUCUCCUGUUAUUUAUUAUUCUUUGCUACAAGCUGUUUAUUCUGCUUCAUUGUAAAUUAUUAUACAUGUACAUCAAUAUGGGAUAUAUAUGAUAAACAAUGCAAGCAGAAGACAUGCAAUCAUUCGGAUAUGAUACAAAAUGUGACGUAUUAAACAUUCACACUGAAUACUGGUAGUAGUCAACUGUAUCAUAAAAAAAGAUGAAGAAAAAUAAAAAAAGAUUUGUAUAUUAUUGCUAUGUACAUAUAUACAUGUAUUGCCAUUACUGAAAGAUGUGUAGGUUUGAUUAGACCAAUUAUGAUUGCUGUUAUCAAACUUACCAAAAAUCCCCAUGGUCCAGUACAGCUAGCAUCUUCUCAAAUACAUGUGUAGCUACUGAGCACAUGGCCAUGGGGGCUGUACAAAUAGAUUACUUUGUUGUUUUAAUUUCAUUUCAAUGUUCUGUGUCUAGUUCCUUGUGACUAUGUAUUUGUAAGUCUUCUUUUUGUAUUUUCUUCAUGUUUUUCUUUUGUCUGAACACAAAUCCUCUGUUGGAAUCAUAGGAUUUCAUCUUCAUGUUAUAUAUACAACCUUACUAAAGCAGCAUUUCAUGUUUUUCCAACUUGAUUUGAAAUUUGAGAUUAUAGGUUAAAUUUCCAAUGUUAUUUCAGACAAAAACUGUGUUGAGGUAUUCUUUGAAAUUGUUAUGAUGAGGUUUGACUAAUACUUUACCAAUCUCCAAUAUUCUGCAUUCAGUAUUCCCUACUUUGGGGGUGUUUAUCCAUUACAGAUGUAGCUGUACAUGAUGUGCAUAUUACCCAUUUGUUGAAAUCAAAUACACAUUGUCAACCUUAAUUAUACUUUUAUGUACAUACACCAAGAGCUUAUCUGUACAUUGGUAUCGUAAAGUGUCUAGUUAGUUAGAAUUAUAACCCAAAGACUUUGUUCAGUGUAAUUAAAUAGUUUAGUAUUAUUUUUGAUUUGUAACUCUUCACUAUUACCCUUCAUAAUACCGGUAUUACUUAGGUGUAUGUAAUUACAUGUUAGCCUAUUUUCAAAUUAUUUAAAGCAAUUUAACCAUGACUUUGGUACUAAAGUCAAAUAUAUUACUCUUUGCAUUGAACUAUGACUAUUAUUUUGCUUAAAUUAAAUAAAAUUGGAGUCUCUAGGCAAUAUUGUUUCAAUUCAUUUUGACUAUGCUUGGCAUCCCAUGCAUUGGCCAAUCAAAAUUUGUAGAUGCACCAAACUUUGUUUUCCUAAUUAUUUAGGAAUUCCUGUGUCUGUGUUAAAGUGUUAUGUAAUGCCAAUUGUUAUUCUGUUAUGACAUUUAAUGUUCAUGGAUGACAUUGUGUAAAGAAAAAAGAAGAAAGAUGUUUGAAAUUUCAUAAGAAACAGUAAUAUGUAUGUAGCUCAUGUAAUAUAUAAAUUGAUUAUCAUAGACAAAGGAGUCAUGUUGUAGCUCAUCCAAAUGUGUUGAUGAGGUGCACAAUCUGUACAUUUGAAAUUUGAAAUGUAAUUCUAUUUAAGUUCAUAUAGCAUUAUCCCAAGAGCUAAACCAAUAAUAACUUAAGAAUAGACACAGAUUGAACGUAUAACUAGUGUACAUGUAUGAAGUCUUUUUAGUCUGAAGCAAGCGUAUCACUGUUUACAAUUUCCAUAUUCCUUUUUAUUUUGUUCCAUUAUUUCUCUCUCUAUAUGUAGUUGUAGCGUAGAAGUACUGCCCAUGAAUAUCGUCUAGAAUAAAGCAAUCGAUUCUCUUGUAAAAUUCCAAUAAAA